ACUUCCAGUUGAAUGUGUUUUGGGUAUGGUAUUGUUGUUAUUAUUCCCUUGUUAUUGAACCGAUCCGUGCAUUCUGUAGCAGGUUUCGGAUUAUUUCGCCUUUAAAACUCAACCAAAGAGGUGUCUUUUGUGUGUGGAGAGUUCAUCACGGCAGGCUCAUAACAUCGCAGCCAACCUGCUGAAGAGAUUAUUCGGACGAACAGUUUUCCGCAUCCACCAUACUGUAGUGCUGAUAACACGCUUGCGGUUUACGUAGUACUCGGUGCAUUAGCGCUUCUAAAUUAAUCGCUAUCAGAGGUUGCUGAUCACAAGCAUCACCAUGCUGCAUGCAGUACUAGCGCUUCUUAUUGUAUCUGCUGUAGUAAUUCCGGCGUACGGUGGUCCGGAGGAAAACGAAGGUGUCAAGUAUGCUGAUCGCUGUGAAGCAUGUAAAAUCCUCGCCACAGAACUACAAGCCCGGCUCAGUGAAACGGGUCGAUCACGCGAUGUUAUCGAGUUGGGCUACUCGGUGGACGAUGUGAAGCCUAAAAAACGCACCGAAUACAGGCGUAGCGAGCUUCGGUUACUGGAAACGCUCGAGAACGUAUGUGAGCGAAUUCUGCAGUACAACAUUCACAAGGAGCGGAAGGAUAGUACGCGGUUUGCGAAGGGCAUGUCACAAACCUUCCAAACGCUGCACGGGCUCGUGGACAAGGGCGUGAAGGUAGAUCUUGGCAUUCCGUACGAGCUGUGGGAUAAGCCGUCCGCCGAGAUAACGCAGAUGAAGACACAGUGUGAAACCCUGAUCGAAGGUUAUGAAGAUGUCAUCGAAAAGUGGUACUUUGAGAAGCAGGAACAGAAACCACUGAUCGAGUACCUGUGCGUAGAUCAUGUGCUGAAAAACAAGAACCACCAAUGCCUGUACGAACAGCUGGAGGAUGCGAAAAAGAAGCAGGAGGAGGGAAAUGCCAAAGAGGAGCUGUGAAAGCGGCAACUCAACUGCGAAUAUCAUUAGCCUAAUGAUGAUUACUGCCACACUUUGAUUGUGAAUUAUUUUAAUGUGCUGUACGAACAAACUCGUGAAUAAAAUGAAUAAUCCAAUUAAA